AUGUAUAACUCUACCACGACGGAGGAAGGCGAGCAGGAAUCUCUGCUGCCUCGGCGAAGACAGAGAAAUGACGACGACGAUGAUGAGAAAUGCUGUUCUGGCCCCAAGGCUGGGAUCUUGAUCAAUCGCAUCCUGAUGCUGCUGGUAUUGGUCACCUUUGUGGCUGCUUCUGUGUACUUUCAAUCUUCCCUCACAUCCCUCCACGAUGAACUGGUCCAAGAGGAAGAGACUGUGCAGAAACUGGUCCAGACGGUCAGCGACCACGCCGAAGUGAUUCGUCGCUUCAACGAAUCCGUCACACAAGCAGAUGUCCUGAAGCAACUGCAAUCAUUGGAAGCCACUGUGAACGAGACGACCCAUGGGCUGCAGCACGACAUGUUGCGACUCCAGAAAAAUGUCAAUGAGCAACUGCACGACACAAUCGCGGAUUUGGGCGACACCGUCAAGGAAGCCAAGGAAGAAAUCAAAAAUGAAGUCGAAAAGGUCAAGGAUGACGUGGAUCACUAUGUCAUUACCACUCAAGAUCAAUUCAGCAUGGAGAACUCUUUCAUGGUGUAUCAAUUAGCAGGGACACUCACCUUACUGUCCUGUUUGAUCUCCAUGUGGCACAUGACGGGGCAUAUCAGAAAGCAACAUGAACCUGUCGUACAACGAAAGAUCCUCGCCAUUCUAUGGAUGAGUCCAAUAUACGCCGUCACGUCUUGGUUCAGUUUGGUAUUCCCCAAAGCAGAGGGAUAUCUGGCAAUUAUAAAGGAUGGAUAUGAGGCGUAUGUCAUCUACACCUUUCUCUCAUUCUGCAUUGCUGUCCUGGGCAAAGGAGAUCGAAGCAAGGUUGUAGAUAUCUUAUCCAAAAGAGCCGAUCACUUGUCACCGCCCAUCCGCUUUUGUCGUUGCUGGGACAAACGAGAUCCUUACCAAGGAAAUCCGCGAGCAUUGGCAGAUGCCGUCUUGCUGCAGUGCCAGAUUUUUGCCAUGCAGUUUGUCUUUCUGAGACCCAUGACAACCAUUGCUACAGUGGUACUAGCAAAACUGGAGUACUAUGGAGCUGGAGACAACGCACAUGACUACCGGUCUCCACAGUUCUACAUAUCAAUCAUACAGAACGUUUCUGUCUUCACUGCCUUUACCGGGCUGCUCAAGUUUUAUCAUGCAGUGGACAAAGACUUGGAAUGGUGUCGACCUUUCGCAAAGUUCUUGUGUAUCAAGGGUGUGGUUUUCAUGACAUUUUGGCAGGGUUUGGCCAUUACACUACUGGCGGAAACAACCGAUGCAGCAGGUGGCGGAGACCCAGACGAAUGGGGGAAGGCUGCUCAAAAUUUUAUGAUUUGCCUGGAGAUGCUCUUGUUCAGUAUUGCGCACUUUUACUGUUUCCCAGUUGAAGAAUGGGAACCUGGUUACCGCGCUAGAGCCAGUCGCAGUCUGGCGGAGAGUUUAGCCUUGGGUGACUUUGUUCAAGACCUCAAGCUGAUUCUCAAGUCUUCUGUUAAGAAGAAGAAAAAGUCAAAGAAGAAGCCCUCUGAGCCAACGGUCCCGGAAGGAGAUGAAGAAGAGCAGGACAAUGACGAUGAUGAGACGACCAUCACAGAUAUAUCUGACCUGGAAUCAACAGCCAUCACAGAUAUAUCUGACCUGGAGUCAACCCUGCGAGAACGAAUAGGAGCCCGGGUCGGAGGAGAUGACAAUGACAGCUCCAUCCAAGAAGCACGGAUGAGCUUGUUGGCGGCACUGUCUUUUUCCGAGCUCGAGUCGCCAAAGGGGAGCAAUGACUCAGUAGAGGACUUCAGGGACGACGACAACGCCACGAAUGCUGCCGGUGGAGUAAAAACGGCUAACAAGGACCAGGAAGUCAAAGACAGAAGCCAUGACCACAUUUCAACCGAGCGAACGAGUCUCCUUGACCAUGACAAUGUAGGUGAAGUGAUGAAAGAAGAGCACCUGAGGCAGGAAAGCAAUGUUGUGAGCAACGAGGAAGACGAGGAGGACACAAAUGAUGCCGGUGGGAGAAUGGCAAACAAGGACCAAGAAGUCAAAGAUGGACACGACCAGGCUCCAACGGUGCAAACGAGUCUCCAUGAACACAGUGAUGUAGGUGAAGUAGUCACAGAAGAGUGCCAGGUACAGGGAAGCAAUGAAUCGAGCAACGAGGAAGAGAAGGACGAUGGCGAUGCAAAUGAUGCGGGCGAAGCAAAAAUGGCUAACAAGGAACAACAAGUCACAGAUGGAAGCCAUGACCGGGCUUCAACAGAGCAGACAAGUCACCUUGACCAUGACAAUGUAGGUGAAGUGGUGACAGAAGAGCCCCCCCUGCAGGAAAGCAAUGCAGUAAGCAAUGAGGAAGAGGACACCGAGGAUGAACUUCGAACUAAAAACGAAGAGAUGCUGCAACCAAGUAUCUUCACGACCAUUGGAAAGCAUCCAAAGACGGGCUAGCCGUGAAACUUGCUCUACUUCAUCACUUCGCAGUGGACGGCCGGGAGAGAAUCCGAGGUCGUCUUGGGUUCUCUGCGUCGGCCCUGGAAAGCUACCUUUUAGGUUUUAGAAAUACAUAUUGUGCAUCAAUCUAAAGAAGAAGAUGUCUGUCCUACGGAAGUCGUUAUGGGUUCUUACUUGGCAUGAGGUGAUGAUAUUGCGUCGUGAAACGGCAGCAAGUCUUCAAAGUGUAGAGCUUGCUCUCGAGCGAGCCUGCUCAGGUAGAUCUGCCGUGCUAUGAAGAGACUAAGGUCCUUCUCCUGCCAGUAGGCGGAGUGCGCAGCAAAAGCAGCGACGUACUCGUUGGCAGCUUCAAUUUCUUUUUCUUGCAACAUGUAAUCUAUUCGGCGGCCUUCGUUGAGCUUGCCCGUGGCCACAUGAUUGGUGGCUUGGUCAUCAUCAGGCGUGCCACGAACGGGCUGAUUGUCUUCGUCAUUGAGAUCGCCCACAGCAUCCAAUAGUCCCAUCCCGGCAAUUCCUUCUUCGAGUCGCUCAAUGACUGUCUGCUGCGUCUGCAUGGUCGUCUGAAUCAACUUUCUCCACAGACGCUUCGUUUGGUAUUGAACACGGAAUCCCCCGUUCCAGUGGGUCAUGAUUCUAGGCUCAAAUUCGCUGUUGCGAGGGUCGAUAAGUGGCUCAAUCCGAUAGGCAACAGGGUCAUAGGGAUGAAAGAUGUUGAAUACACGAGAGCAGCCGCCCAGUGAAUAGUCCGCACUGAGCGGUUUUCGUUGAUUGCGCACCAUGAGGAAAACAGCAAUAGGCGAUCCCAACCUGGACGGGGAAAAAGCCGGCAAGGAAAUAUGAAACAUUAGUCGAAACAAUGCCGCAAAACCAGUGGCACAAAUCUCAUUUCAGAGUAAAGCACUCACAUAAAGGCAUUGUCGACAUCAAACUGUAGCUUUGGAUAUUGCCACGAGGAAGAUGGGUCUCUGACGAAGGAAUCGUACGUUCUAACGUUGCUGACUUCCAGGCCCUUGUGCUCAGAAGAAUUCGGAACUUGUAGCUCAGCGGAUUCGAAGUUACUGUCUUCGGGUGACUCGGGACAUGAAGUCGAGACGUCCUCCCAUUCCUCUGCGUUAUGGCUUCUCACGUCACUUUUCCCGCCUACUGGUAUGCUGUCGCCAUGAGGCUCAUCUCCACUCAUGAAAGAGUCCAUCACCUUGCUGGGAAACUGAUGAGCUAGGAUGUCCCAGCUGAUUAUUGAUCCCAACGACUUCAAUGCAGGAUGGAGUCAACGACGUUUGAGACUACCACAGCCAAACAGAUCAAAGAGUGACGGUCCACAGACUAACUUACAUGGCCAAUAAUAGAAACUUUACCACGAAAGCCCGUCAACGCUUUGAAUUUUUGCACAACCACGUUCAUCUCAGCUGUACAAAUUUGAAUAAUCGUGUCAUGAUGCUCAGCGGACAUGAAAAAGAGAACGUCCAUCAACGUGUCAUUCGCGAAAGUUCGCAUCUGAGGGAUGGUCCUCAGAGAGAUGUCUUGCAUCAUAACUCGAGACUGGCGUCCUCCCGCCUUGACAAGCUGUCUCCCUAUUGGUGAUGCCUCAAACUGAGAUGGAGCAGACAUGCGCUGAGACAUGAUAGAAAAAGCUUCGUGCCAUUCAAUUGGUAGAUAUUCAACCCUCCCCGUCGAUACAGUUGGAACAGACUCGUGGGUUGGGUACAUGUGAGAAAACCGUGCGCUUUGUACCUCGGCAUGAUUCUGUCUCAGGAAUCCAGCGCAAUCAACGAUGGUUGACAAGUUUGUGAUUUGGAGACCAAACAAGUCCACCGAACGAAGCAUCUCUCCUAUUCCGUGGACCAUCAGAACGAGAUGAUCGAUGUCGUCGGUUCUGUCAGUGUCAUCGUCGCUUUGCCUUUGGGGAUCUCGGUCCACAUCAUCAAACUGUGUCGAAGGAACUGCCAACGACUUUUUGCUGCUCGCCACUGGCAAUACGGCCCAAUCUUCGUCAUCUUCGUUUUCGUCAUUCUGCUCAUUGUUGUCGGCUUCUGGUUGAUGCUGCGAUUUCAGACUGAAGUCACCAGAGAAGACUGCUUCAGGAGUGACACCAAAAACAGAUUCAGGAAUUUUGGGGUGCGACAGAUCCGCUCCACGAUAGACUCUCCGCUUGAAGAGCGAAAUGGCGCCUCCAAGCCCCUUCUUGAUGGCAGUGGCAGCUGUAAGGGAUGAAAACUGAACAAGUUGCUGUUCACCUCCAUCUGGGCUUUCGACUUGAACCGUCAGCAAGGCAUUUUCGUCCAGGUGGCCUUCUUGUUCCACUUUCCGUUCGGGGGCGUCUGCGUCUUCAGGGCAAGUGCUUUCCCGAACUGGUUGCAGCGUUGUGUCAUCCCUCCCUUCUGCGAGGCCCUCUUUCAGGCAUUCUCGUCUCCACUUCAAAAACAAGUAGGCAUCUUCCAACACUGCCUGCGCUUCUUCACCAAAGGGUUGCAAACCAUGCCGUCUAGUAUCCAAAAACCAGACGGCCCGUCUGACUUCAUCUCCCGGACCAUGGAAUCUCCACAAGUUGGGUCUCAUGACCAUGGACAGAGGAGGCGAGGAUAGCAUGGCCAAUGCGGCUUCACUGUCAGCACAGCUUCGACAAACAUCCCCAAAACUGGGAGGUUUUGAACGAACGUCUUGUUCCAGCGAGAACGAUUCAUGUCUCUUCCGGCAUCGAGGGCAACACAUGUAAUAGGAAACAGAAUGUCGCUUCUGAUCAACCAUGACGUCCCUCUCCAAGUCUGGAACGUACCAUUGGGCUACCGUUGGAUACCCCGACGAGACACCCAUGCCCAUUUCGGCAUUAUCUCCACCGUAAUCUUGGGAUUGACACGACGAGUAGUCUUUGACAUCGUUGUCGUUCUUUGAGACUUCUCUUGAUGAUGCAGGAUGCUCCAAACCAGUUUCUUCAAGUGACUCAGACUUUUCUGGAGACGGAUUGAGGUGGCUCGAUCUCGUGCUGGUCCCGUCUUGAACUAUAUCCAGGUACCUACGUUCUAAUUUGGCUCGGUCAUCACCAUUGAAACGUACCCACGGCGUGUCCCUGCUUGGUCUCUUCCCAUUGAUGUACGGCAAUCUAAACCAGAGGGCAGAUCCGGCAUCUGUCAAAUCCGAGCCAAGAUCGGCAUCGGCAGUGUCGGCCACAUGGUAGUUGGGCAACAGGAAUGCUUCUUUCGAAUUUUUGCGGUAGGACGGGCAAGUGGAUAACCACUCAUCGUCUUUGGUCAAACUUCCCCCUCUUUCACGCAGUAUUCCAGUCAGUACCAAAUCCCGGUACAGUGGUAAAUUGUGCUCUCGGACAUGGGCCGCAAGCUCAUAGCGGGUAAUGGUACCACGGAGACUGAAAUAUCGCUCGCAUAGGUGAUCAAUAACUUCUUGCUUAUUCAAUUUGUCCAGAGUUGCAUACGGUCCUGAACCGAGCACCUUCCAUUGUGUGUGGCUGAGGGUACGGGUGAUAAUAGCGUCAGCUCGCUUAAUGUAAAACAGUAUCUCUCGGGCAGCUGUGCUCAGGGCCCAUUUGGUGCCUGUCAACACAAAAUCAACGCUGUUUCGUACUUGAUGCCGUGAAGGAACAGGAUAUAGAGCAACUUGCCAGGAUGUUUGCACCACUUGGACCCAUAAUACCAUCGAAGGUGCCAAUACAGUGGGUCCUACCCAUGGAACUUGCUGGACCAAUUGCAGAGACUGGGAUGCGGCCUGAUGGGCUUGUUCGCUCUGCAAGAAUCCCACAGUCUUUUCUGCAGCGUCAAAUGCCGGAAGGAGUAUCCAAUCUCGUACAGGCACCAAGAUUCCAUGUUCCAAGCCAGUGGCGCCUGCUUUGGCAGCACCGUAGAGCUUGACCGCAUUGUUGGUUGUCGCUAGCAAGAGACCACGAAGGGCAUUAUAGGAUUCUUCCCACUGAUCCACCGCAAUCUGAGCCGCAUCAAUUGCAUUGUCGUUGGAAUCCCAAAUAACUUUUUUGCUGGCCAAUCCGACACGCUUGGAAAUGUGUCGGACGUGCCGUAACGUGGAGGAGGCUCCCAGGGGUCCAUUACCGAAAUAAUCGGAUUGGUUAUAUCUCUGAGGAGCCUCGAAUGGCGAAACGUUGUCGUCUGGUUCAGCCAUGACAAAAUCGCUGUCGGAAGUUGACAGUUGAUGGUAUGGUGAUGGAUGAUGGAUUUGUGGGGAUUGGACAAUGAUCGGCGACUGAUGCCCCAACCGAGUUUGACGCCUCUGAUCAUGGCUCGACCUCUUCUUAGCCCGUGGUGUGCUCAACAUCUGGCCUUCAUUAUCUCCCAUCGUCUUGUCUGCUUCUGCGGAUAGGGUAGAAGUUCAAACAACUAAUGGCGUA